AUUUUCAAUAAAACAAUAUUUUUGUUAUGAGCCGUACGUUUCUUUUUUCUAACAGAGUUGUGUAAUGAUGUAAAUAAUUGCGUGAUUAGUGUUGUGUACAAAUAUGCAACCGUGUAUAAAUCUAAUAACACUAAUUUUACUUUUCAUUGUAAAACAUACUUUAGUUGGAUUUAGUCAAAGUUUCUUAUAUGAGGCCAUGCACAAUUUUGGUUUAGGGAAAAGAUUACCAGACUAUCAGAGAAUUUUCAAUGAGGCCAAGUAUCCAAAACCGCUCCCAUCUACAAAAGCAACCCCAUACAUGCGCUCUCCCUUCGAGAAUAUCUACCAGGGGAGUAGGAGAAGAAAUGAUAGGAGAGUGUACAGAAGAAGUUUUGAUUAUGAAGCACAAUCGACAGGACACCAAGUGCUUUUUGAAGGCACCUUCGAUUGCAAAAUAUCUCACAUAGCAGCAGAAACAAAAGGAGGUAUACCAAUUCUAUUCCGUGGUGGUGCUGGGUAUAAUUAUUUCAAGGUGAUUGUCAAGGCACCGGCUGGACACCAACUAACUGGGACAGUCAGGGUUUACUGUCUGGACAGUACCGACGACUAUCGUAAGGAAAGUCUACGAUCUAGAUACAACAAUUAUACAAAGUAGAUUAUUUUUAUUACGUAUU